AUGGUAGUUAAAAAAACAAAAGGUUGUCAAAGAAUUCUCAUCCAACAGAUCGAGAACCAAAGUGACAAGUAUGCUUCAUUCUCGAAGCGUCGAUUGAGCCUUUACAAAAAGGUGAACGAGCUCAGCACCCUUUGUGGUGCUGACAUGGGGAUAAUGAUUUUCUCUCUAACAGGAAAUCUAUACUCAUUUUUCAGCCCAAGUAUGGAUGUCCUAAUGAGGAGAUACAAAAUUCCUAACCAACACCCUGAUCGCAUGACUCGGUACAUCGAAGAUCAUCUCCGGAACCAAGUGCAGCAGCAAAAUCAGCAGUUGGACGAGGUACCCGUUGAGAGCCUCGGCCCAGGAGAGGUCCUAGAGUGGACUGCCUGGUUCAUGACCCUUCAAGCCUGA